AUGGCCAAGAACACUUCUUUCGCAAGCCUCGACAAAUGGAGGGACUAUUUCCGGACGGCGAAUUCGGACAUCUUCGACAUAAUCGAGAAGGCGAUAAUGGUGGCCGCCUCCGAUUGUCCGUACGACUUCAAGAUGAAGAGGGAUAGUAUAGCGGAGUUGCUCUUCGCCUGCAAAAUCACGAGGUGUUUUGGGUGCGAGAGGUUGGAGCUGGCCGUUCCCGGCGGCGGCUGCCCGGAGAAAAGCGAGGAUAAGUACAAGAGUGGGGUUGAGGCCGGUGGGAGUAAGGACACGAAGGAGAGCAAAGUGAACAGCAGUGACAUAUGUUGUAAUGAAGACGAUGAUGAUGUUGAUGAUGAUGACUGUGAUGAUGUUAAUCACAGAGAGGUUAUGGAGAUGAAUGUGAAUCGGGUUAGGGAUGAUAGUUAUGGUGAUGUUGAGGCAUUGAAUGAUGAAAUUGAGGAGGAAUCUCAGUUUUAUGGGGAGGUUUUGAGGAUUAAGGAUGUUCUUGAUAAUCAUAAAGACGAGUCUGAUUCGUUUUUGUUUGAUUCACUGAGGAAGCUUCAGCUUAUGCCUCUGUCUGUGGAGACUCUCAAGGCUACAGAGAUUGGUAAAUCGGUUAAUAUCAUGCGGAAGCAUGGAUCAGCUGAAAUUCGAAAUCUUGCUCGGUCAUUAAUAGAGGAAUGGAAAAUAAUGGUUGAUUCGUGGGUUGAUGCUACAAAAGCCAUUGCAGAUGCCGAAAUUCGACCAGAAUCCGUGAAAACUUCGGUUGUCGAAGAUGAAGAAGAAGAAGGCCUGCCAUCUCCUCCUUUAGACGAAGGAGCUUUUUUCACUACCCCAACUUCAAUGGAGCUCUCACAGCAGAAAUUGUUUACGCCUUUUUCAGAUCCUCGUAACUGUGGGGAAUUAAACAAGAACCGAGAAAAUGGUAGAAAUAAGCCUAAUGUCGAUAAAACAUACGUUCGCAUGCCGAAAAUCGAGCAGUGUAGAAAUCGAGAAACUGUGUUGAAAAAACCAUCCCAAGCACAAGCUCUUCCUAAACCGAGCAGGCCAUUAGGCAGCCAGCGUGGGCCGGUUUCGGUUCAUAUGAAAUUGGAGGUGGCCAAGAGGAAACUGCAAGAACGGUACCAAGAAGCCGAGAAUGCCAAAAAGCAACGAACGAUACAAGUCGUGGAAUUGCGCGACCUCCCAAAACAGAGUGUUGUUCAGAGGAAUCCACAAAUGAGGCCCGGCAACCACAACAAUCGAAAUUGGGCAAGCGGGCGUCGAUAG